ACUCGAGAAAAAGGAGGAGGUUACUAGCUAAACAAACAAAGUUAAUCGAAUCAGGUUGGAACAAAAUGGCGAAUCUACCUCCAUCUCUCUCAAUGGGCACUCCUUUCGGUGGUCCCAGCAAUUCUGCGGGAGCUCCGGCGAACAAAGAUCGGAACUUGGCCUCCGCGGAGCAGUUGGUUCUCGAUCUCAGCAAUCCCGAACUCAGAGAGAAUGCUCUCCUCGAGCUUUCAAAGAAAAGAGAACUGUUUCAGGAUUUGGCGCCUCUCUUGUGGAACUCUUUUGGUACCAUUGCUGCCUUAUUACAGGAGAUAGUUUCGAUCUACUCUGUUCUUGCACCUCCGAAUCUGACUCCUGCUCAGUCCAACCGUGUUUGCAACUCACUCGCCCUGCUUCAGUGUGUAGCAUCCCAUUCCGACACUAGAAUGUUAUUUCUCAAGGCUCACAUCCCACUCUACCUUUACCCCUUCCUUAAUACAACCAGUAAGUCUAGACCUUUCGAGUACUUGCGCCUUACUAGCCUAGGUGUCAUUGGUGCACUUGUUAAGGUCGAUGAUACAGAGGUCAUUAGCUUCCUUCUCUCAACUGAAAUUAUUCCUCUCUGCCUUCGCACCAUGGAGAUGGGGAGUGAGCUGUCUAAAACCGUUGCGACAUUCAUUGUUCAAAAGAUCUUGUUAGAUGAUGUGGGGAUGGAUUACAUCUGCACAACAGCAGAGCGUUUUUUUGCUGUUGGUCGAGUCUUGGGCAAUAUGGUUCAGUCACUAGUGGAACAGCCUUCUCCACGCCUUUUGAAGCAUAUCAUUCGUUGUUACCUCCGUUUAUCAGACAACCCAAGGGCUUGUGCUGCACUCGGAAGCUGUCUCCCUGACUCGCUACGAGACGGAACCUUCAGCAAUUGUCUUCGCGAGGAUCAAAUAGCAAGGAGGUGGCUGCAACAGUUGGUUCACAAUGUUGGAGUUGGUCGAGUCCCAACUCAUCAAGGUGGAGGUUUUGAGCACAUGCUUUGAGCUGAAUUCAUAUCAGCCUGUCCUUGGAGUGUUUUUGUUUUGUUUUGUUUGUUUCUAAUUUAUUCAUGUGCUUUUGAUGCCUUAACUUAGAUGAUGAUGAUGAUGAGUUAUAUGUUUUUAAUCUGUUUGAAAUUCUUCUUGUAAUUA